AACAGAGAAAGUGGGUGGGUCUUGUAGUUGUACAAGCUACCAAUUAAGGUUUGUUAUUCUCUAGCUAAUUAACUUUUAGUUCAGACUGUGAUCAGCUAUAGUCUCUGGAUUCAGCUAUAAUAAGGAUAUGUCUGACUAUCUCACAAUAGCAGAUCUAAGAGAUUUGUACAUAGCUACGUUUGAUGCUCGAACCAAGUGGCGAAACGUCUUGCUGGCUUUUAAGAUAUCCUCGGAUACUAUCGACAGCAUAGGUACAAAAUGGCGAGAUGAUCCUGAUCACUGCUAUCGUGAGGGUUUGAAAGAAUGGCUGAAAGGUGGGGAGAGAAGAUGGGAAGAUGUUAUCAAAGCUUUGUCAAGUCCUAUUGUGGGCCACGUUCACAUAGCCAACACCAUCGAGAGAGAUCAUCCAUUACAGUCUAGCAAUCCGAAGUUAAAGGUUGACCAAAAUCACCAGAAGAUCAAUGAAGAUUUGACAGUUUUCCUAGACGAACGACUCGGUAAAGGUGCAUAUGGAGCAGUCUUCAAAGGCAGCUACAUGGGGGAGAUCUGUGCAGUCAAAGUUUUAUUUUACGAGGCUGUAGAAAUGCAGACAGGUUUCCCAGCCGGUAAAAGUGAAGAGGCCCGCAGGGAUUUUGAUCGUGAGUGUGAUUUUCUCGAGUCGCUUCAGCACCCAAACAUUGUUCAAUAUUUGUCAAUUACCAAACACCCCAAAUCAGGUGGUACGAUCCUCGUUCUAGAGCUGAUGGAUUGCAAUCUAAGAUCCUACUUCUCCAACCUUGAUGAAGAGUCCCUCACUAGCGAAUGUGAAAUUAGUCUCUCCAAAGACAUAGCUUAUGGUCUGUCUUACAUUCACAGCAAGCAGAUUAUCCACCGUGACCUCUGUGGUGAUAACAUCUCGCUAAAGCUUGCACAACCACUGCCUGUUGCAAAGAUUUGCGACUUUGGCAUGUCACGUUUAUACGAUCCCUCCAAGCUUAGCCCUACCCUCACAGCUGUGGGGUAUCUACCUCCCGAGGCCAUUCGAUUGGACAAGGAGAAAUAUGAUAAUAGCCUGGAUGUGUUUUCUCUUGGGGUGAUUAUGGUGCAGAUCGUUUGCAAGCUAGAGACAAUCAAAUCAGCCAAGGAUCGAUCAUUCCAUGUUUCCCAGAUCCCUCACACACACAGGUUGAGAAAGCUUAUCGACAGUUGCUUGCAAGAAGACAUGAGGAGAAGACCAUCUGCCAGGGACAUCUAUGCUGCUUUGGUCUCUUUAACAACCGGUGUUCAGGACCAAAAGUUCUCGCAAAAAUUGGAUGAGCUUAUGUCUGACAGAAAGAAUACGAUUGAGCUUCAGUAUUUCAAGAUGCACUUUAUCGGUCCCUCGGGUAUUGGCAAAACGACCACCCGACAGCGGCUUGUUGGAUCCAUUACUAACCUGUCUUCGCUGCCCAAAGACCAAAGAAAACGUUGCAGCACAUUUCUUGCCGAGUGUACACAAGUAUUGGCCUUUGUGAGCAAAUCUGGAGCAAAGAUUGCAUUUAAAGCAGCUGAAAACCUGGGGGAAGAAACACAGCUCAUCUUUUCUUAUCUUAUGUCCUGUGAACCUAUUGAAGAUAGCAAUAUUAGUCAGCCAAAGAAACCACAAACAUCCCUCCCUUUGAAGGAAACCAUUGAAGAGGAGCAACCUCUUAAGAAGAGCGAUGUAGCUACUGCAGCGAAAACAAAAACAAAAACCGUCUCACCAACAACCAGGCCAGAAAAGAGUCAUAAAAAGUAUGUGGCUACUAUCAAUGUUCAAAAUGUUAUCACAAGACUCCAUGAUAUUGUGAAUUUAGGAGACUACAGCAAAGUGCUGAAGGACACAAUCCUACUCAAUCUGGUUGAUAUCGGUGGACAGCCUGGAUUCGUGGAGAUGUUUCCUUUUCUAAGCAAAGGCGCAGGGAUUUUCCUGGCAUUCUUUCGACUGGACAAAGACCUCGAUGAAAUGUGUGAAGUAUCCUACGAACGAGGAAAGGACAAGAUCACACCGUACGAUUCAACGUACACAAGCAGAGAAACGCUCUCUCAAAUCCUCUCAGCUAUCAGCCACCAUGCCAAGAUUGACUCGGAUAUUGACAGAAAACAGUGCGAUAAACUGGGCAGUCUAGGCUCCGCUAAGCCUCUUGCUACCCUCAUAGGUACUUUCAAGGAUGAACUGGCAAUGCAAAUCAAGGUGGAUCUUCUGUUCGAAAAAUGUUGUAUCUUGAAAAAAGCUGCCGACAAGACCGAUAGCACCACUGCCAGUGAGAGCGAUAGUACCACUGCCAGCAAGAGCGAUAGUACCACUGCCAGCGAGAGCGAUAGCACCACUGCCAGCGAGAGCGAUAGCACCACUGCCAGCAAGAGCGAUAGUACCACUGCCAGCAAGAGCGAUAGCACCACUGCCAGCGAGAGCGAUAGUACCACUGCUGAACAAAAAAAAGCGAUUAGGCUCUUUUUGCCUCAAGAUUCAUCAAAGAAGAGUGAUAAGAAGCCAAAUGUCACUGAACAAGACAUGGCUGCCAUUCAGCAAACAGUCCGCCAACACCUCAACUCAGACGCUUUCAAGAAAGAUGUUGAAGACCGUUUAGAGCGACAGCUGACGGAGAAAAGCAAAGCCGUGAGCACAAUUACCAGCAAAUUUGGGAAGUUGUCUUUUAACCCAAAAGAAAAGAAGUUCAUAGCAGUUGAUAACUAUGAAGGCACUAGUUCUGAUAUUGACCCUCUUCUUGAGCAUGUUAAUGGCAUGAUCAAUAGAUAUAUCAGAGAUUCCAAGCUUCGAAUUCGCCCACAAAUGCUUUUGCUCGGAGUUGUACUGAGAAAAGAAGGUGACAUCAUAUCCAUGGAAGACUGCAUUCGUAUCGGUACCGAGGGGUUAAAUAUGGAUGUGGAAGAAAUUCAAUUCACCAUUUGGUACCUUGAUAGGUUUGUCGGAGCUUUGAUCUAUCGUCCAGACAUCAAAGGCAAAGAUGGUUAUUUUGGCGACUUUGUGAUUUGCAACCCUCAGGUGGUAUUCAACAGCCUCAGUGCUCUCGUUGUCAAGCCGCUGCUAGAGCUGCAUUCUGAAGAGAGCAGUAUUCAGUUUACAGAAGAUGAAAGAAAGAGCUGGAUACUCAGGGGACAGUUCACACUGGAAAUGAUCACUCAUUGCAAUUUAUUUUUCCAGGAUGUGAAGAAAGACCAGUUGAUUCCUGUUGAGAAUUUGCUCAUACUACUCGAGCAUUCCCACCUUUUGGCCAAAAUCACAACACAUACCGCACGUGACGAGGAAACAACAUACUUCGUCCCCGCCAUUCUCAAGUGUGCAUCACGCGAGGAACUAACGAAACCACCUCCCACUGGCAUUGAUACACCCUCUCCUAUCAAGAUCACAUUUGACCCCCAAUACGUUCCCAUUGGAGUAUUCUGUGCCAUGAUCAGUGAAUUGGUCUCGAGGGGGAGUAAAUGCGAAGGUAUCCUGGGCUUGACGUGGGAACUUGUCGAUUCCAUGGUAAAGAGAAACCUCGUCUCCUUUCACGUACACAAAGCAGCCAAGCAUUUAGUUACCCUGAUUGCUCACGUUGAUUGCUACGAGAUACGGAUUAUUCGACAAGACAGGUACCAUACGAUGCACGAGCUUUGUUCCUACGUCCUCUCAACCAUUCUGUUGGUGAUGAAGGAAAUUAGUCCUCUCUUUGCUCCAAUCAUCGCAUUCGACUGCUCCUGCGGCAAAUUUUGCCUUCUCACAUCAGAAGCAGAUCCCUGCUUUGCUUGUGCUUGCUCUAAGAAAAUCUCUCUUAGCCCCCAACAAGAACGCUGGUUUGCAAAAGAAGUCAGCGUGGGAGACGAUGUUUUUCUCCUUGCCCUGCCCUUUGCCUCCGACCUAGAGGACCUUGAGCCAAGCCUCUCUUUCAAAUGGAAGAAGAGAAUUCCGAAAAUCAGUGGGAUUAAAAAUGAAUUGGAAUUCAAGGCGUCAUCAAGUGAUCACUUCAAGGGGCUUAUCAGUUGCAAGAUCUCCAUGAACCAGGUUUGCAAGAACCAGAAGUCUUUCUUCACCGUAUACCACUGCCUGAAAGAGAGUGUUGAGAACUCGGUAACUGAUCAGCUGUUUGCGGAUGUAAAGGAAGUGAUCCAAGAGAUACGCUCUGACUGGUACAGCCUGGCUAUAGAACUGGACAUUGAUUAUGAAACUAGGAAGAGUAUUGAGAAGGACUAUCGAAUGGUUGAAGACUGCUUUGAGGCCAUGCUGAAUCACUGGGUGGGCCGCUCUCCUCCCCCCUCCUGGUCUGCCGUUAUUAGAGCACUGGAGUCUCCUGCCAUUGCCCGUGGAGACAUCGCAACAAAAAUCAAGAAAAAAGGAAAAGCUGCCAGUUCUCCUGAUAUUUGCCGCCUCACUCCUGAAGAGCCCUUGAGUGUGGAUUGUUAUCUGAAGGUAGUAAGAUCAGCCAUCUGGGAGAUUAGGGCAACUUGGGGUCGUCUGGGAUUGCAUUUGGGGAUCAAAGAGGGGACACUAGAUGCCAUCAAGAGGGACUAUCGGAACGAGUCCGGGGACUGUUUCACUAAACUACUGGAGCAAUGGUUGACACGAUCCACCCCCGCCCCCACACUGCAAGCACUGAUCAAUGUACUCGAGUCUAAAGCCAUCGACCGUGGAGACAUUGCCAAUGAGGUCCCUCACACACACAAGUUGAGGAAACUUAUCGGCAGUUGUUUGCAAGAAGACAUGACAAUUAAGAGACCAUCUGCCGCGGCCGGGGACAUCUAUGCUUCACUAACAAGAGGCUCGGAUACAGUGGAGGCAACAAAGAGAGAGUUAAAGGACAUUCAACCAGUCAAUUAUAACCCCGAGCCAGAGCUUGAGCUUAUCAAAGUUUCUAACUGUCAGCCUUUCCACUUGCCAGGGGCAGAUUUAAGUGCCAGUGCUACUGUUACAAUAUCGAAUAUGGAAUGCAAUUUGAAAUUGGAUGGUCACGGGUUUCAGCUGUCUGCAAAACAAAACACUCUUCCAAGUGGUUUGGACAAGUGCACUCUCGAAAUCUCACCAAGUACCUCUGGAGACUAUCAGUUUCCCGACACUCUAAAGCCCGUCAGUGCCAUCUACUGGAUACGAUGUAAGCCUCGUGGCAUCACAUUUCAACAACCAAUUCUUGCUCAAAUACAGCAUUGUGCUAAACCCGGUUCAUCAAAGCAUCUAUAUUUUUGUAGAGCAACAUGUUAUGAAAAGAAGCCUCCUUAUGUUUUCCGAAAGGUUGAUGCACGUGUGUCAUUCUCUGAUGAUGACUUUUGUGGUACUAUUGAAUUGGAGCAUUUCUGUGGUGUAUGUAUCGGUGGAGAGGAAUCUGUUGACCAGUUAUACACUGCUAUCCUCUUCGAUUACUAUUCGAGUCCUUCUCAUUACAUUCACAUGGUCAUUACAAAGAAUGAAGAAACUCACAAAACCGAAGUUGAUACUGUGUAUGGGAAGAAGCAGGCGAAGAAGGGUUGCUAUGUCGUAUUUGAUUUCAAAGACAUCGGUGACACAGUUGAUUUAGCACUACCACUUGAAGGCGUGUGUGAAAGUGACUGGAAAAUUAAACCUCUCAUGACUCAAAAAGUGAAAAAAAAACAAAUUGAUAAUUUCAGCCCGGGUCGUGAAAUUCCCUGCAUACAAAUGAAAGCUGAAACAGAGCAACACAAGUCAACAAAUGUGUGCUAUCCACUCUACCUUAAUAAGUCUGUGAACCCAGACCUAUAUUUGUCCGUUGAUGUAAACAUUGCCAAAGUCAUUAAGUCGCCCUCAAUAAGAAGAGACCUCCCACUAGUAAGGAAAGUGAGGGUUCAUCAGUGUGUCUCUCUGACAGUACACGCUCAGGGCACAGGCCUCACCUAUCAGUGGACAAAAUAUGGUACUCCUCUCAGAGAUGAAGAUGAUGGCUACCAAGGUGUGUCCACUUCCUCUCUCACCAUGAGACAGGCCUCACUGGAGCAGAGCGGAGAGUAUCAAUGUGUGGUGGAGAAUGAGGGAGGCUCUGUGACGUCUAGUACAUGCAAAGUCACUGUUGUCAUUGAGUCGCCCUCGAUAAGAAAAGACCUCCCACUAGUAAGGACAGUGAAGGUCCAUCAGAGUGUCUCUCUGACAGUACAAGCUCAGGGCACAGGUCUCACCUAUCAGUGGACAAAAGAUGGUGCUCUUCUCACAGAUGAAGAUGAUGGCUACCAAGGUGUGUCCACUUCCUCUCUCACCAUGAGACAGGCCUCACUGGAGCAGAGCGGAGAGUAUCAAUGUGUGGUGGAGAAUGAGGGAGGCUGUGUGUGGUCCAGUACAUGCAAAGUCACUAUUGUCAUUGAGUCACCCUCAAUAAGAAGAGACCUUCCACUAGUAUGGAAAGUGAAGGUCCAUCAGAGUGUCUCUCUGACAGUAAAAGCUCAGGGCACAGGCCUCACCUAUCAGUGGACAAAAGGUGGUACUCCUCUCAGAGAUGAAGACGAUGGCUACCAAGGUGUGUCCACUUCCUCUCUCACCAUGAGACAGGCCUCACUGGAGCAGAGCGGAGAGUAUCAAUGUGUGGUGGAGAAUGAGGGAGGCUCUGUGACGUCCAGUACAUGCAAAGUCACUGUUGUCAUGGAACCGCCUUCAAUAAGAAGAAACCUCCCACUAAUAUGGAAAGUGAAGGUCCACCAGAGUUUUUCUCUGACAGUACAAGCUCAGGGCACAGACCUCACCUAUCAGUGGACAAAAGAUGGUGCUCCUCUCAGAGAUGAAGACGAUGGCUACCAAGGUGUGUCCACUUCCUCUCUCACUAUGAGACAGGCCUCAUUGGAGCACAGCGGAGAGUAUCAAUGUGUGGUGGAGAAUGAGGGAGGCUCUGUGACGUCCAGUACAUGCAAAGUCACUGUUGUCAUGGAACCGCCUUCAAUAAGAAGAAACCUCCCACUAAUAUGGAAAGUGAAGGUCCAUCAGAGUUUUUCUCUGACAGUACAAGCUCAGGGAACAGGCCUCACCUAUCAGUGGACAAAAGAUGGUGCUCCUCUCAGAGAUGAAGAUGAUGGCUACCAAGGUGUGUCCACUUCCUCUCUCACUAUGAGACAGGCCUCAUUGGAGCAGAGCGGAGAGUAUCAAUGUGUGGUAGAGAAUGAGGGAGGCUCUGUGACGUCCAGUACAUGCAAAGUCACUGUUGUCAUGGAACCACCCUCGAUAAGAAGAAACCUCCCACUAAUAUGGAAAGUGAAGGUUCAUCAGAGUUUUUCUCUGACAGUACAAGCUCAGGGCACAGACCUCACCUAUCAGUGGACAAAAGAUGGUGCUCCUCUCAGAGAUGAAGAUGAUGGCUAUCGAGGUGUGUCCACUUCCUCUCUCACCAUGAAACAGGCCUCACUGGAGCAGAGCGGAGACUAUCAAUGUGUGGUGGAGAAUGAUGUAGGCUCUGGGACGUCCAGUACAUGCAAAGUCACUGUUGCCAUUGAGUCGCCCUCGAUAAGAAAAGACCUCCCACUAGUAUGGAAAGUGAAGGCCCACCAGAGUGUCUCUCUGACAGUACAAGCUCAGGGAACAGACCUCACCUAUCAGUGGACAAAAGAUGGUGCUCCUCUCACAGAUGAAGAUGAUGGCUACCAAGGUGUGUCCACUUCCUCUCUCACCAUGAGACAGGCCUCACUGGAACAGAGCGGAGAGUAUCAAUGUGUGGUGGAGAAUGAGGGAGGCUUUGUGACGUCCAGUACAUGCAAAGUCACUGUUGUGAAUGAGUCGCUGUCGAUAAUAAGAGACCUCCCACUAGUAAAGAAAGUGAAGGUCCAUCAGAGUGUCUCUCUGACAGUACAAGCUCAGGGCACAGGCCUCACCUAUCAGUGGACAAAAGAUGGUGCUCCUCUCAGAGAUGAAGAUGAUGGCUACAAAGGUGUGUCCACUUCCUCUCUCACCAUGAGACAGACUUCACUGGAGCAGAGCGGAGAGUAUCAAUGUGUGGUGGAGAAUGAGGGAGGCUCUGUGACGUCCAGUACAUGCAAAGUCACUGUUGUACGAGCUUGGAUGUCAGUUAUUUUCCCGUGGCUGGUGCUGGUUCUUUCAGUUCUGUUCUGUCUGGCUCUACUGAGUGCAUGGUACUCUCAGUCUGUACAGAGAGUCACUCCUCCUUGUUUUCUGGAUGAGGAUAAUGUAAUGAGGUGUAAUCAAUGCAAAAAGAUGACAUAUAGUUAUAAAGAUUGGCUAACUGCUAGUGAAGUAUCACAAGAUGACACCUGUAGAAGUAUGGAUGAGGCAACAAAGAGGAGGUUAAAGGACACUCAACCAGUGCGUACAGAUAAGGCAACAAAGAUGGGGUCGAAGGACACUCAACCAGCUAAUAAAGUGCAUACGGAUGAGGCAACAAAGAGAGGGUGGAAGGACACUCAAUCAGGUAAUAAAGUACGUACGGAUGAGGUAACAAAGAGAGAGUCAAAGGACACUCAACCAGCUAAUAAAGUGCGUACGGAUGAGGUAACAAAGAGAGAGACAAAGGACACUCAAUCAGGUAAUAAAGUGCGUACGGAUAAGGCAACAAAGAGAGAAUCGAAGGACACUCAACCAGGUAAUAAAGUGCAUACGGAUGAGGCAACAAAGAGAGAGUCGAAGGACACUCAACCAGCUAAUAAAAUGCAUACGGAUGAGGCAACAAAGAGAGAGUCAAAGGACACUCAACCACCUAAUAAAGUGCAUACGGAUGAGACUCCCAACUCUGCGUUGGUGUUGUACAGCCUGGCCGACCAGACUGACAACUUCUUUGCACUUGACUACCUUAAGGCCAUUCUAAACUCCCUCGACUUUGAAACCACCACCAGCUACGAUACUCCCAACUCUGCGUUGGUGUUGUACGGCCAGACUGGCUACUCCUCUGCACCCACUCUAAACCUCUUCGAGUAUGAAACCACCACCAGCUACGAUAGUCCCCCUCCCAGGAAGUGGAAACCUCCACUCACUCUGAUAUGGAAAGAUAUGCCAAUCGAGAUGGGCACCUCGGUACAGAGUGUUGUUAUUGGUGACACAGUGUAUGUUGGUGGAGGUGAUACAUACGAGUAUCGUGACAGAUUUACAGUGAUGAAGCUCGAGCAAGUUCAAUGGACCAAACUACCAGAGUACGCUGCCAGAUGGUUUGCUAUGACAUCACUCGCUAAUCGACUAGUGCUGGUGGGAGGACUUAAAGCAAAACCCUUCGAACGAACCAGUCAGCUUGCAGUGUUUGAGUCAGGGGAAUGGACUCACCCGUACCCACCAAUGAACAUUGCUCGUUCUCGCUCAACAGCUGUCUCUUUCAACAACCACAUCAUUGUAGCUGGUGGGCGUGAUGAUGAAGGAUGUAUCUCCUCUGUGGAGGUGUUGGACGUGGCAUCAAGAAGAUGGUACAUUGCUCAGUCACUACCUAACCCACGAUCAUCACUGAAAUCAACUCUCAUAGGAAACACCCUCUAUCUAAUGGGAGGGUGGAACCACACUGAGAGGGCAACCAAGACAGUGUACGUCGACCUCAAUGAACUCAUUGCAAAGGCCCUUUUAAACCAGGACACACCCACUCUCUGGCAGACGAUAGAAGAUACACCCCUGAAGCAUUCAGCUCCUUUCAGUAUUGGGAGCUCACUAUUUGCCGUUGGUGGACGAGACGACAGCUUCAAUCCAAGUUCAUCGAUCCACCUCUACCAGCCUGACACCAGGAGGUGGGAGAAAGUGGGAGACAUGCUUACUGCACGAUACUUCUGCACAUGCUCAGUACUUCCUAAUCAAGAGGUUAUUGUAGCAGGAGGGGACGAUAGACUUCGUUUUGUUAACACUGUGGACUUCCUCUCAAUGGAUUAAUAAUUAUAAAUAGAUAGCUAUAGUUUAGGUUCGUAAUUCGAAAAUGUUGAUAAGACAAUUAAAUUGAUGAACUCGUA